CUCAACCCUUUAACCAUUUCGACGGAACACUGCUGUUGCAAAGUGCUCUCUGAUCCGAAAGUGGCAUCAGCCUCGUUACAUUGUCCACUGUUCUCCAAGAUUUUACGGGAUAUCUCGGUCCAUGACAUGAAUCUCCGCAGCGGGGUUGCGUAGAGCCGCCGACCAUGGACAUAAUCCACCGAGUCGCGAACAGCUGCGCAGCCCAAUCCACGAGCACCCCAGCCCAAGUAAGUAUAUGUUGUAAGCGAGAGUGGCCGCAUGCGUAUUCGCUGUGAUGUCCCUGUACUGGUAUACUCCUACACCCAAGGAGCAUCUAAACUCCGGGGAUCAAAAACGCGUAUCACCGAACAACAUGGCGAACCGUGUGUUCACCGUCCAGCCAUCUGAGCUCAAAAACAUUAAGAACAAGGUCGUCGUGAUCACCGGCGGAGCAUCCGGCAUUGGCCUUGCUACAGGAAAGCUCCUCAUCAGCCUCGACCCUUCCAACAAGAUUGGCAUCAUCGACCGCAGCCCUCCGCCGCCGUCUUUCGCGUCCGCCUCAAACGCCCACCGGAUUCUCUACCAGAAGUGUGAAAUCACCGACUGGAAGUCGCAGCGCGCCGCUUUCGCCAACAUCGCCAGACACUAUGGCCGCAUCGACGCGGUCUACGCGAACGCGGGCAUCGCCGAGUACGGCGACCAAUUCUUCGACGAGACCAUGGACGCGUCCGGCCAGCUGGCCGAGCCGGACAGACGGGUGCUGAAAAUCGACAUGGACGCGGCGGCGGACACGGUGCGGCUUGCGAUUCACCACCUGCGGAAGAACCCCGAGGGAGGCAGCAUCGUCAUCACGGCAAGCUUGGCUGGAUACUUGGCCAGCGCAGGUGCUGGGCUGUACAGCGCUGCGAAGCACGGCGUCGUGGGCCUCAUGAGAGCCUUGAAGCAGGACACCAAGAAGUUCAACAUCGCCAUCUCCGUCGUCGCGCCUGCGAUAACCAAGACGCCCAUCCUCGUCGGAAACCGCGAGGCCGAGAUGAACAUCCAAAGCGGAGUCUCCACGGAAGACGCUAUCAACCAGUGGUCGGAGAAGAUGAGCAAGGUUGGUGUACCGAUCAACACGGCCGAGGGCAUCGCGCUUGCUGUAUGUCACUUAAUUGACGGCGGAAUGCAACGGAACGGCGCCGGCUAUCUGGUUCAGGCGGACAAGAUAUGGGACUUUGAAGCCGGACUCGCAAAGAGCAGAGAGAUCUGGAUGAGCAAGGAGAUGCUGGAUCUGUUCAGAGGCGGCAGGAGCGCCCCGCUGUUUACAAGGGUCGACGAUCCUAAAGCUAAGAUGUAACAGGUACGCCUACGAAAGCAAAAAUCACCGGCCGCUUCUCUCCCAAAUGUGAUGAUUGCUAGCUCUUUGCCUUGACCUAUUCGUCCAGCU